AUUUUUCAGAUGUGCUGAGCACCUAGAGCUUCAGUUGAAGCUGGUGAGAGUAUGGUACUCUGCAUUUUGGGAGGAAGGAACUUAUAUCUCUCAGAAAACUUGCAGCAAGUUGUACUUGUCUGAAGCAAAACCAUGAAGAGAUAACUGCUGGAGGCACCACGAGAUAUUAAACAGAAGUCUCUUCUCUCUCUUCUGGCAGCUAUCAGGUUCUGACCAGCAGGUGGGAAGGAGCUGCACCAUCCUCCUGAGCCAUUGGCUACAGUGGUCUCAUGACUUAGUCAUUUCCAUCCUAGCUCACGCUCUUGGUGAAACAUCUCCAUGCAGGAGCAUGUCUAUUCCAGCUGCCAGAAGCAGAGAUCUGUUGGGCUCUGAAUGCAGAUGGUCAGGAUCAUUCACUGCCUCCUGUCUCUUAUCAUAAAAAGAAGUUGGCAAAGAGACCAGGAUACAUGAGACCACAAGCUCCGCAACAGAUAAAGUUUCAGCCUCCUGCUCACUGCAAGCCAUUCAAUCCAAAGGGGCUUGAACAUGGCAGAAAGCAUUGUAAAGACUUCAAGAACUGCUCUUUGCACAGACUAUGCAAAAAUGACUUUGAGUUCUUACAUUGUAAUUCAUCUGUAAACAGUACCAUAGUUACCACCACUGUGGUAACAACAUCGACCACGGCUGGAAAUAUGACAGGAAGCCUCAGAAAUCUGUCAGAUCUCAGGAUUCAGCCGUCAGAAAACGUAAUUCUGCCAGUUUGUCCUGCAGCUGCCACAUGUAAAAGAGACUUCUCACCUGUGUGCAGUUCAAAUACAUGGCAGACUAAUCUACUAGUAACUACGUGGGAGACAAUCCACGGGGCUAGAGUAAAGGAGCCAAAGAAAAUGUACACUUUGGAUCAGAAGGAAGUGAAUAAUAACUGUGUAUAUAACAACAAAGAAGUCACUUCUUACUCGUCCAGUAUUUGGGAUAGCUUUAAUUCAAGUUUCAGCUUCAUACAGCUCUCACUGAACUCAAGUUUUGAAAAAAGUGACACUGAAGGCCAGUCAGAUGACAGGGCAACGGAACACACUGUGGAAACAAAUGCAACAGGACAAAUAGAAAAUGUUAAUUUACAUGAACCAGGGAAGAGACUAAGAAGUUCACACAAAGACGUAGGGGCUUCAUCUUGCAUCUGUAAGCGUGGUGAGGAUUAUCAGUGUGCAAGAGAGACCAUAGUGAAAGAUAAAUUGCAGGAUUGUGAGAUGGUAUCUCUUUUGGAUACAGAUGCAGCAUUUUCAUGUUCCACAGAUUCCUCAGAUGCAGCAUCUGCUGGUUCUUCUGUUACAUCAGGCUAUGAAAGUAGCUUUACUGUUAGUGAUCACAACUGGGACACCCUGAUGAGGAAAUAUGAACCGGUGCUAUUGGACUGCUUGGUUGCGAACCGUACUACAUUAAAGAUAAAAUCCUUAAUGUUAAGUCUUCAGAGGCUUCAAGAAAAAGCAAUAGAGGCAGAUGACUAUGAUAAAGCUGAUAAAUUUAGAAUUAAACUAGAAGAACUGGAGCGAGAGAAGAAUUCUUUAAAAUUUCAGCUUCCUUCAAAGCAUCCUUCAAUUAUCAGCUUCUUGGACAGAUUCAGUGCACAAGUUCAAACAGCGUUGUACUGGGCUGGAGAUCGGGUUGGAAGUGAAGAAGCACAGCUCUGGCAAAAAAACGAGCAAACACUUUUGAGUCCUGCUUACCAAAAGAUGAUACAGGUUUCAACCACAAAAAGAAAUCAGCUUCUUCAAGAAAAGCAAUGGUUACAGAAAGAAAUUGAAGACCUCAGAGCAAGGCUGGCUGUGCUAGAAGCAAAAGAUCAGCAAUUAAGAAGAGAUAUUGAAGAGCAAGAUAGGCUUAUUCAGUUGCAGGACUGCGAGUUGACUGCCUUGCUUAGCUGUGUAUCUUUGAGAGAGCUACAGGAAAUAAGCAAGGCCUUAGAGGACACUUUAGCAUCGUCAUAUCAAAUUCCAUUUAGUUUGGAUCUCCCUGAGACCAUAAAGAGCCUUCAGGAAAAAGAACGAUCACUCAGCAUGUCCAUUAAAGAAACGACUGCCAAAGUUUGUGCAAGUCAGAAACUAUGCAGUACUUUGAGGAGAAAAGUGAGUGAUAUUGAGACCCAACUACCAGCUUUACUUGAAGCCAAAAUGCUUGCUGUAUCAGGAAGUAAUUUCUGUACUGCUAAGGAUCUUGCAGAAGAAAUAAGAUCAUUAACAUCUGAGAGAGAAGGGCUGGAGGGACUUCUCAAUGAGCUGUUGGUGCUGAAUGCCAGAAAUGUCCGAAAAUUAGAGAGAAUUAAAGAAGAUUACAACAGAUUGAAACAAGAACUGGUGCAGGGGGAGUCUGCCUUUGGAUGAGAUAAUAUUGAUUUGCACUUAUUUUCAUCUGAAGAUCUCCACGCUCUUUACAAAAAUGG